AUGGGCAACAACUUUGUUCGGUGGUGCAACCACGGCCGGGACGCCGAGGCCAUUAUCAAGGCCGAGUUCGGCUGCUCGCUGAAGGAGCUAUGCACCCUCAUGGAGCUGAGAGGACAAGUAGCUAUCAACAAGAUCACCACCAGUUUUGGAGGCGUGGCCGGACUGUGCAGCAGACUGAGAACCUCACCUGUCCAAGGUUUAGAUGGAAACUCUGAGGACAUCGACAGGAGGAGACAGGUGUUUGGGUCCAACGUCAUCCCUCUGAAAAAAGCCAAAACCUUUCUGGAGCUGGUGUGGGAAGCCCUGCAGGACCCCACGCUCAUCAUCCUGGAGGUGGUGGCCAUCAUUUCACUCGACGUGUCUUUCUACAACCCGCCCGAUGUUGAAAGAAUCAUGUGCCGCUCGGCAGCCGGCAACAGGGAGAUGAAGGCCGGCUGGAUCGAAGGCGCCGCCAUCCUGCUGUCGGUGGUCUGCAUGGUUCUGGUGACGGCCUUCAACGACUGGAGCAAGAAGAAGCAGUUCCGCGGCCUCCAGAGCCACAUCGAGCAGGAGCAGAAGUUCAGCGUGGUCCGAGGGGGCCAGGUGCUCCAGGUCAAAGUGUCGGGGCUCGUGGUCGGGGACAUCGCUCAAGUCAAGUACGGUGACCUCCUCCCCGCCGACGGAGUCCUCAUCCAGAGCAACGACCUGAAGAUUGACGAGAGCCCCAUGAACGGAAAGUCUGACCACGUCAAGAAGGCCGUGGACAGUGACCCUGUGUUGCUGUCAGGUACCCAUGUGAUGGAGGGCUCAGGCAAGAUGCUGGUCACCGCGGUCGGUGAGAACUCUCAGUCUGGGAUCAUCUUCAAGCUGCUGGCUGCUGGUAAGGACGGCGGCGCUGAUGCUGAGGAGAAGGCCAAGAAAGCCAAGAAGAAGGAGAAGGAGAAGAAAAAGAAGAAAGACAAGAAGGGAGCGAACCUGGUGCAGAACUUCAACGAGGACGGACAGCCGGAGAAGAAGAGGGAGAAGUCGGUCCUCCAGGGGAAGCUGACCAAAAUGGCCAUGCAGAUCGGCAAAGCGGGUCGGUUGAUGUCCUUGCACACCAUCAACAUCCUCAUCGCUCGCUUUGUCAUCGGCAUUUUCUGGAUGCAGCACGUGCUCUGGAGCUCCGAGUUGGCGCCCGUCUACGUGCAUUUCCUCAAGUUCUUCAUCCUCGGCGUGACGGUGCUGGUGGCGGCCGUGCCUGUAGGUCUCCCUCUGGCCGUCACCAUCUCCCUGGCCUACUCUGUGAAGAAAAUGAUGAAGGACAACAACCUGGUGCGUCACCUGGACGCCUGCGAGACGAUGGGCAACGCCACGACUAUCUGCUCCGACAAGACGGGCACGCUCACCAUGAACCGCAUGACGGUGGUGCAGGCCUACAUCGCGGGCCACUUCUACCGCCGGCUGCUGGAGCCGGGCGAGGUGGCCGCCGCGAACCUGGACCUGCUGGUCCACGGCAUCGGGGUCAACUGCGCCUACACCACCAAGAUUAUGCCUCCGGAGAAGGAGAGCGGGCUGGCUCGCCAGGUGGGAAACAAGACGGAAUGUGCCUUACUGGGAUUGUGCCUCAGCCUGCACCGAGACUACCAGACCAUCCGCAACCAGUUCCCAGAGGAGAGCCUGUUCAAGGUCUACACCUUCAACUCCACCAGGAAGUCCAUGAGCACCGUGCUGAAGAACCAGGACGGCAGCUACCGCAUGUACAGCAAGGGCGCCUCCGAGCUCCUGCUCAGGAAGUGCUGUAUGAUCCUGUCCAGCAGCGGCCACGCCCAACGCUUUACGCCCCGGGACCGGGACGACCUGGUGAGGACUGUGAUUGAGCCGAUGGCGUCGGAGGGGCUGCGCACCAUCUGCCUCGCCUACAGAGACUUCAGCGCCGCCGACGGAGAGCCCGACUGGGAGGACGAGGCCGACAUCCUCACCGGCCUCACCUGCAUCGCCGUGGUGGGCAUCGAGGACCCUGUGCGCCCCGAGGUACCGGACGCCAUCAGACGCUGCCAGCAGGCCGGAAUCACCAUCCGCAUGGUGACCGGAGACAACAUCUCCACCGCCCGAGCCAUCGCCACCAAAUGUGGCAUCAUCUGCCCGGGAGGCGACUUCCUGUGCAUGGAGGGCAACGAGUUCAACCAGCGGAUCCGCAACGAGCUCGGAGAGAUCGAGCAGGAGCGUAUUGAUCUGAUUUGGCCGAAGCUGAGAGUCCUUGCCAGAUCCUCUCCCACGGACAAAUACACUCUGGUGAAAGGUAUCAUCGACAGCACGGUGCUGGAGAAGCGGCAGGUAGUCGCUGUCACCGGAGACGGAACGAACGACGGCCCCGCCCUCAAGAAGGCGGACGUCGGCUUCGCCAUGGGCAUCGCCGGGACGGACGUGGCAAAGGAGGCGUCGGACAUCAUCCUGACGGACGACAACUUCAGCAGCAUCGUGAAGGCCGUGAUGUGGGGCCGCAACGUCUACGACAGCAUCUCCAAGUUCCUCCAGUUCCAGCUCACCGUCAACGUGGUCGCCGGCAUCGUGGCCUUCACCGGGGCGUGCAUCACGCAGGACUCUCCUCUCAAAGCUGUGCAGAUGCUGUGGGUCAACCUCAUCAUGGCCACCUUGGCGUCGCUGGCUCUGGCCACCGAGCCGCCCACCGAGGCGCUGCUGCUCCGCGAGCCGUACGGGCGCGAGAAGCCGCUCAUCUCCCGCACGAUGAUGAAGAACAUCCUGGGCCACGCCGUCUACCAGCUGACCGUCAUCUUCACCCUGCUGUUCGCGGGCGAGACGAUUUUUAAAAUCGACAGCGGCCGCUGCGCCCCCCUCCACGCGCCGCCCUCCGUGCACUACACCAUCGUGUUCAACGUGUUCGUCCUGAUGCAGAUCUUUAACGAGAUCAACGCCCGCAAGAUCCACGGCGAGAGGAACGUGUUCGAGGGCAUCCACCAGAACCCCAUCUUCUGCUCCAUCCUCGUGGGCACCUUCGUCCUGCAGAUCUUCAUCGUGGAGUUUGGUGGUGCACCAUUCAGCUGCGUGCCGCUGAGCCUGAAGCACUGGCUGUGGUGCCUCCUCCUAGGUGUUGGCAGCCUGCUGUGGGGACAGGUGGUGUCCAGCAUCCCCACCAGAUGGUUCAAGGUCCUGAACACGGCGGGUCACGGCCGGCGCCAGGAGAUCCCCGAGGUGAACACGGCGGGUCACGGCCGGCGCCAGUAGGAGCUGGAGAGGAGACAGUUGCUGUUGCGCCGCAUCGUGGACUUGGCCCCCGAGAUCCCCCUCACGGACGAUUGGUGAUAUCCAAUUAAUCAUUUCAGAUCUAUGUGAAAUGUCCAGCAGUUGAACCAAUUUUUCAGAAUUGGAGAAGAGUGGGGAGUGUUUAUAUGGAGUCCAUAACGGAGGGGGCUAGGUUUGUGUGGUAAGGUUGUAGCUGGGGAAGAUUUUUUGAGUAAUGUGUGUAAUAAUGGGUCCAGGAUGGGGUCAACAAUUGUUAUACUUUGAGAGACAGGAAUGUCAUUUUGGGUGGGAGGGGGGUACCACACUUUACGGUUUGUAUUUAAAUGGAGGCAGCCUGUUUUAAGUACAUUAGGAAGAAGUUGCAGCCGGGAACUAACUGGACUUUUCUGAUGGAGAAGAGGGAUUAUGAAAACAGGAGUGUUUAUUUGUGAGCGGGAGAUGUGGGCAGAGGAAGAUGAGGGCAUUUUAGUUUGACCAUCUAAUUUAGAUCCACAAUAGCUGUAACAUCCACUUCCGUUUGGCCAGCAUCAUUAGAACGGUGGAGAAGUUUUCAUUUUACUUUUUGAUUUGAGUAAUGUUGCGUUCCUUCCAUUUUUAUCAGACUACUGCCCCCCUCAGGACGACUGUUAGAGAAUAUGUUGUCUCGUGGGACUCUUAUCUAAAUGUCAACUGUAAUUGUUCCAAAACUGUGUUUAGCGUCACUGAUUUGAGCUGUAAUAUCACUUAUAUUCAGGCCGCAGAAUAACGAGCGGCGCAAAAGAACAUGUUCAACGACAGCGUGUUGAGUUCCUUCUUCCUGUAACUUUAGUUCACUCUCGUGUGCUCAGCUUUUAACAGGUGAGGCUGUUUGCUCAGCACUUCAGUCCGGAUUUAAUUGGAGAAAAUAAUACAAAGUAUGAUAGGAGAGGCAAACAUAUUGGUCUUUAAUAGAGGAUUUUUAUCUUCCUUACCAAAAAGCCUUAAUAUAAAUGUCAAUUCGCUAAAGAAAUAAAUUUGGCUUGCCCCUCGACCAAUGAUGUCGCUGCGUUAAUAAAUGUCACCAUCUUGUCCUUCAGCCUUGCAUCACUAGUUCUCGUCUAUCCUUGUUUCCCCGCAGAUUGGAGUGAGCGAUGUGUUGGAUCCGGUUGUUUUUGUGUGUGAAGCGUCUCGCCUCUUUAAUAAGACCAAAUAAACACAUGACUAACACCCUUGACUCAUGUUCUACCGCAAGGUGAAACCAAAACACACAACUUCUAUCACUUCUGUCAACUUCCAGCAUGAUUUGUCUCGAAGAUGGACGAGAUAAGAUAAGAUGGCUCGGCCACAAAACUUAAGAUGAAUAUUGUCAUGGCUUUUUUGAGACGUUUGGGCUCUCCGGAGAUUAAUUCAUAAAUAACUGCAGACGAAGCGUCGGUAUCAUAUACCUUACUAAAUUUCAACAAACAGAAUUUCCCAUUUUAGUGUUUCGCUUUCCUGAUUUUAUUAUGUUGUUUGUGAAUUUGUUUUCUAAGAGUAUGUACCCGGUCAGCUUUUCUCAUCUCCAUCUUCUGCCCUGAAAUCUGAAGACCACAUGUUCACACUGCAGCCGGAGACUGCUUUUUUUGGGGGGGGGGGGUUGCUAAAGAUGAAUGCGCUGAAGAAAAGUUUGUCAGUAAUAACUUAUGAGAUGUUACUCCUUAUGUUCUGAACUCUGCUCUCUCAGUGUCUGUCAUUUAAUUUCUUUUCCUCUCUGAAAAAAAAGUGAUUUAAAAUCCUGAAAACCACAUCUAGUUUAUAAAAAGCAAAAAUAGGUCAUUCGUUUGUCCAAUUUGUUUUCAAAUGUUGAUUAAAAACUGAAUUUACAUGA